AAAAAUCAGCAGACAGUUCGCGACAUCUGCGAUCAAGUCAUAUCUGGCCAGGGUGUUGGCGUAUUCACAUAUCCGAAGCUGAAGCGGUUGAUGGAAGAUGAAAGUUUGCGCGAGUUGGUGUGUUCAAAGCUCAAUUUAGGGCUGGAUAAACGUCUGAGUGAUGAAGAUUAUGUGAAAGAAGUGGCAUUGACAAGAGCUCAGUACAAGGGUUAUGUGCGAGUGCUUCAAGCAUGUAUUGCAGGAAUUGAGGUAUCCUUCAACACACCUGGGUGCUGUGGUUUGGCGAGUGUUUUCCAUGUGCUGGAAAUAGCACACACUCACUAUUGGUGCAAAGGAAACGAUAUAGCGUCUCCUUCCAGUUCAACACCGAGCGCGGCCAGAGCAGGACGGAGCAGAGUUAAUGUGGCUCUCUCAGUUCCAUUUGCACUGCGCAAGUGGAUCUAA